CAAAAUCCCAAUCGAAAAAAUUUGGAGGAGCAGAACGACGCGCUGCGAUUCCUCCCUCUGCGAUUCGAUUGUUAGCUUCUCCCACUCUAUUUUCACAGCGGAUGCACUGUUCUCAGCUCGUUAAAUCUAAUGGAAAGCGAUUGUUUCUCAUCGACACUUUAGCUUUGGUUAGGAGAUCAGAGGCGGAAGGUGUGCCUUCGAAGCAAGCCGAGGCAAUAACAGCAGCCAUGACUGAAAUUUUGAAUGACAGCUUAGAAAAUGUGUCUCUUUCAGUUGUUUCCAAUACUACUUGCUCAAUUCCUUCCCUUCCAUUUCAAUGAAAAAGAAUUCAACCAUGGUUUACCAUUCUAUUUAUUUAGAAAAAAAAAAAAGACAGAGGAAAUCAGGAUGCUGAAGAGUGUUGGACCCAACUUUUAUACACCCUUUCUCAGUCUCUUCGAUCAGCUGGUUCUAGGAAAUUGUGUUUUGUUAGUUAAUUUAAGAAGAAUGAGAUUAGAGAAGUGCUGGUUUUGUUCCUCCACUGUAUAUCCGGGGCAUGGUAUUAAAUUUGUUCGCAACGAUGCCAAGAUUUUCCGUUUCUGUAGAUCGAAAUGCCACAAGAACUUCAAGAUGAAGAGGAAUCCCUGUAAAGUAAAAUGGACCAAGGCCUAUAGGCGUUUGCAUGGAAAGGACAUGACACAGGAUUCAACAUUUGAGUUUGAGAGAAAACGUAAUAGGCCGGAGAGAUAUGAUAGAAACCUUGCAGAGAAUACUCUGAAGGCCAUUAAAAAGAUUGAUAAAAUCAGAUCAGACAGGGCAUCUGACCACAUCAAAAACAGGCUUAAGACAGGCAAAGUCCAGAGGCAGAAAGAAGCAAGGAAGCAAUUGGAGCUGGGCAUUCACUUGGUCAAAGCUUCGCUCGCACUUGCACAAGAUUCAUCUCUUUGUCUUCCAAAAAUCAAAGUCAAUGUGUCCCAAGCACAGACAGAAGAGAAUCAGCCCAUGGAAGAGUGAAAUUGGUUCUGCUGUUCCUCGGCUUGGUAUUUUUGUCCACCAAAAUCUUAUGCAUGCAACUCGUGGCUUAAGUUAUCAAGAGGUUUUUUAUGUUGUGUCUAGCGGUCCAGAAUUUUGAUUAGCAUGUUCAAAUGUUAUUGUUUUGAGUAGCAUAUUUUGUAGUCACUAAUUAUGGAAAAGUCAUUAAAAACGGAUUAUCUUUGUUUUUCCCUUUUAAA